AUGGCCAGCCAAAUACCAAAAGACUAUAUCCCGCAUUGUAUGCUUUUUGAGUUUCGGAAGGCUAGUAACGCAACAGUUGCGAUCAAAAACAUUUGCGAUGUUUAUCCAAGUGCAUUAGACGUUCGUAAAUGCCAAAGAUGGUUUUCUAAGUUCAGAUCCGAUAAUUUUUAUCUCUCUGACUCGUAUCGACCAGGAAGACCAACAACAUUAGACAACGACAUGCUAAGGGCAGAAGUGGAAGCAAAUCCAUGUCAGACAAUCGAGGAACUCUUAAACAUCCUUAACCGACCUUGGUCGACCAUCCAAGAACAUUUGCAGCAGAUUGGAAAAAUAAGCAGAGCAGGUGUUUGGGUCCCCCAUAAUCUGUCCGAAGAGAACAAAGCCAACCCAUCCAUUACAUGCAAUGUAUUACUUCAACGGUACCAUACAGAAUCGUUUUUUGAUCGCUUGAUCACUGGAGAAAAAUGGGGCCUAUAUGAUAAUCCAAAACGCAAAAGUAUACGCGGAAUUGUUCAUUUUGAAGUGUUGAAAUCUGAACAAACUGUUAAUGCAGAUCUUUAUUGUGAACAAUUGGAUCGAGUGAACCAAUCUUUAAUCGAAAAGUAUCCGGCGAUUGUCAACAGAAAACCCUGA